AUGUCCUCCAAAGCGCAACCAACUCUUUCCUCUGAGGAAAUUGCCCAUUUCAUGAAAUACGGAUAUGUGCGCGUUCCACAAUGUUUUUCCCGCGACAAGGCCGCCGUGUGGACCGCCGACCUUUGGACAAGACUCGGCUUCUCCCCGACAGACAAGACAACCUGGAGCACAGAAUGUACCCAUAUGCCCGAGUACAAAGAAGAACCAGUCAAGAUCUUUGCACCCAAAGCAUGGGCGGCAAUCUGUGAGCUACUCGGUGGCGAAGAGCGUAUCGAAGAGGAUUCAGCGACCUGGAACGACGCCUUUAUUGUGAAUCUUGGUACCCCCGAGAUGGAUGGGAAGUGGCCUCGUCCAUCUGAGCUACAGGGAUGGCAUGUGGAUGGUGACUUCUUUGUCCAUUUUCUCGAUUCACCCGAGCAGGGGCUUUUGGUAAUCCCCUUGUUUAGUGAUAUCCAACAACAUGGAGGUGGGACGAUGAUUUGUGCCGACUCGGUUAAGCUUGUGGCGCGCUUCCUGUACGACAACCCCCGCGGGGUAUCACCGUAUAUGGUUCCUCGUGGCUGGAAGCUCCGAAAACCAAAGGAGGAUUUUUACGACUCGAUCUUGAAACAGUGCAAUGACUUUCAUGAGAUGACAGGCAACGUAGGAGAUGUCAUUCUGCUCCAUCCCUUGAUGGUACACUCGCAGUCCGUCAAUAGCUUGAGAAUUCCACGAAUCAUCACCAACCCGCCGGUCUCGUUGAAUGAGCCGUUUAACUUCGACCGCAAGGAUCCGAGUCAGUAUAGCGUGGUAGAAAGAAAGACAUUACAAGACCUUGGGAAAUAUCGGUUGCGAGGCUGGAAGAUCAAGGGUGGUCGGGAUUCUGUGGUUCCUGAGCGCUUGAAGGAUGAAGAAAAGAUGAGGAACCAGGAGCUGGAAAGACUGAACGCCUGA